UCUAUAUAAACCACUCAGCAUUUCACUCCCAACAUAUCUUAGCGGCGGAGCUAAGCAGAACACAGAGCACAAGGCAGAACAAUCUUCCGCCGCCCUGUUGAACCUCAGCUCCGUCCAUCUCUCUACAUGCCAAAGGCGAAAGCUAUAAUGAUUUCUCUUUCUAAGAUAUUCUGCAUUUGAGUUUAAUUUGUUCAAUUUUUUUUGGAUUAUUUGGGUUUUAUUUCGAGAGGAAUGUGAUGAUUGAUUUUUGUCGCCCCAGGCUUAAUUUGCAUCUAAAAGUUAGUUGCAACGUGGUGAUUGACACUUUUAAUACUGAUUCCUCUCUCAAUUUUUUCAUAUGUUUCUGUAAAUAUUUUAUAGAUCUUCAACUGAUUCGAUUUGAGUUAUAUGAUGAUUGAUUUUUGUCGCCCCAGGCUUAAUUUGCUUCUAAAAUUAGUUGCAAUGUGGUGAUUGACACUUCUAAAUCUGAUAAAUUUUCAUAGUUUUUUGAAUUAUUGAGAUAUGUGAUAAGAGGCGUGAUGAUAAUCUACCCAUAUAGAUAUAUUUUCUGUAUUUGAAUGAUGAAUACUUAUCAUGCACUACCAUCUGAUCUCUUAUCCAUAUCUCAGAGUCCAUUUGUUUCGUAGUAUUUUUCCUUGGGUUAAUCUAAUUUGUGAUUUUUUAUUUGUAAAAAAAAAUUGAUAUUUUUUGUUGAUGCAAAUAGCAAUCCGUGAUGAAAUUUGUUGUCAAUUAGCUGAUGUCCCAGUGAUUAUCAAAAUCAAAUUCACCAUCUUUCGACUGAGAUUGCUCCUAAUUCAUACAUUUUUUAUUUUAAUAUUAACAAUGACUCCAUUUGUUUUUUUAUGCCCGUGGUAUCUAAUGUCAAGAACUGUAUUAUAUUUCUUGAUAUUUCGUUUUUGAGGGCAUAAACCAACUCGAACAGGCCUUGCGACACAGUUGGCUUCUCUAUUACUAUAAGCUUUCUGUUACUGAUUUCCUGUCUACAUAAUUCAAAUAUAUUCUAAUUCCGUUUUUAUGGGUUAUUGGUAAUUGGUUGAUUUAAUCCUACUUCUCGACUAAAAAUUCGUUUUUUCUUGUUCCAAACAUUAUUGUACAUUAAAAAAUUAAUCUUUUUUUUUCCAGGUAUAAACAAGAUGCCUUUGUUAUAGACGGCCGUUGUGUUUUCGGGAUGCCUCACUCCACCUUGUAGCUCGUUUGACAUUUAGUUUCUCAUUCCCAAUGUAAUUUUGUUGUUGUAAUGGAAUUCGAGCUGAUUUGAGAUGUUGAUUUUUGCGUAAUUGUAACUAAUUUUGGUUAUUAAAUUUGAUCAAUUGCUAUUAUAUAAUCUACAUCAUGGCCCUUCGGUUAUUCGAGGCCCUUUGGUAUGUUUUUUCAUGAGACAUCACUAUGUAAUCUGGCACGAUCGAAGUUCAAAAUCGUGCACCAGCGAAGUUCUUUAGUUUAACUUGAAAUUCUUUUCUCUAGAAAACAAUCCUCUUUUUUAAUAAACAGUAAUUUGGUAAAGAUAAUACAAAAAUUAUAGUAAUAAAAAAGGUUUAUCUUCAAAAUGAAUGAAAUCUCAAAUUAUGCAUGUUUGAAUUAUUAGCUAUUGUAGAAGGAAGUCCAAAAUUCGUAGUAUUAAAAAAAUGAAACCGAAUUGAGACACUUGGCCGAAGGAGAAUGACUUGUGAAGUCAUAUACUAGUAUUUUAAAUUGAGACACGCACUUUUUUUAUUGUUUCUAUUUUGUGGUUCAGUUGCAUGCAGCAGACCAAAUGCAACCAAUUUGAAUUUUGAACCAAUUUUUUUGUUGCAAGGAUGACGUGUUGGAUGAAGAAGGUGAGUUGGAAAUUGGGCAAAACGAUGAAAUGGGCCGACUCAACCACAUGAAAAUUCCAUCUUCUCACUUUCCGAGGUUGUCAUAUUCAUGUAUACAAUGGGCAUUACAUUUCACAACAAUAUGUAAACAAAACUGCGGCUUUCACAUGGUGUGGGAAAGUUAAGUUAGUAUGAUGAUGAUAAUCACCCCUGUCUUCCUACUUCGCCACGCUUCACUUGGAUUCUACACAUCAAUUCUGGUUCUUUAUUCCUAAAAAUAAAUGGAGCUGCACACUGUAAAGCAAAGGGAUACAUCAUCCUCGGCUGCAAGCAACCUUAAAACAGAUGAGAAGACUAUUGCUCUGUACAAUGCCGAUGCGAGAUUGAUGGCGGAGUUUGAGCAAUCUGGUAUGUCUGGUAACUUCUUCAACUAUUGUAAAUCAGUGCCUUUUGCUCCGACUACUAUAAGUAGUGAGGAUGAGAUGACUGCUUAUCUAACUAAGAUUCAGAGGGGUGGUUUUGUUCAGUCUUUCGGUUGUAUGAUUGCUGUUGAGGAACCUAAUUUUAGCGUGAUUGGUUAUAGUGAGAAUUGUUUCGAUAUGUUAGGGGUGACUGGUGUUGUUGUUGGGGGGAAACUAAGUUUGAUUGGGGUUGAUGCCACAACCUUUUUCACUACUUCGUCCACGGACUCAUUGGCUAAGGCCGUUGCUUCGAGAGAGAUAUCAUUCUUGAAUCCUGUUUUGGUGCAUUCUAGGAGCAAUCACAGACCAUUUUAUGCUAUAUUGCAUAGGAUUGACGUGGGCAUUGUGAUGGAUUUGGAGCCUGGUCAUGGUGGUGAUCCUACUGCUGUGCAUGCCGGGGCUGUGCAAUCGCAGAGGUUGGCCGUGAGGGCGAUUACCAGGCUACAGUCACUGCCCGAGGGUGAUGUGGGAGCUCUGUGUGAUGCUGUGGUAGAGGAUAUUCAGAGGCUUACAGGGUAUGACAGGGUUAUGGCGUAUAAGUUCCAUGAGGAUAAUCAUGGUGAGGUUGUGGCUGAGAUUAGGCGGUCGGACUUGGAUCCAUUUCUAGGGUUGCAUUAUCCUGCCACGGAUAUCCCACAAGCAGUGCGGUUCUUGUUCCAGCAGAACCGUGUUAGAAUGAUCCACAAUUGCAAGGAUAAGCCGGUUAGGAUAAUCCAGAAUGAGAAGGUGAAACAACCUAUUUGUUUGGUGAAUUCCACCCUUCGUGCGCCUUAUGGUUGUCAUACUCAGUAUAUGGAGAACAUGGGGUCUAUUGCCUCAUUGGUGAUGGCAGUUAUUAUAAAGAAUGACGACUCGAAGAAGCUGUGGGGAUUAGUAGUGUGCCACCACACGUCUCCACGCUAUGUCUCUUUUCCUCUCCGGUAUGCUUGUGAGUUCUUGAUGCAGGCGUUUAGUUUGCAACUUUACAUGGAGCUUCAGGUGGCAUCACAAAUGGCCGAGAAGAAGAUGAUCCAUAUGCAAACAUUGUUGAGCGACAUGCUUCUUCGAGAUGCUCCAAUUUGCAUUGUGACUCAGUCCCCUAACAUCAUGGAUCUUGUGAAAUGUGAUGGGGCUGCACUUUAUUAUGGUGGGAAAUGUUGGUUGCUUGGUGUCACUCCAGUAGAGGCACAAUUAAACGAUAUUGUCGAAUGGCUGUUGAGUACUCUUGGAGACAACAUGGGAUUAAGUACAGAUAGUCUUGCUAAUGCUGGCUAUCCAGGAGCAGCUUCUCUAGGUGAUGCUAUUUGUGGCAUGGCUGCAGCGAGAAUUUUCACUCGAGACUUUGUCUUCUGGUUUAGGUCCCACACUGCAAAAGAACUCAAGUGGGGAGGGGCUAAACAUCACCCAGAAGACAAAGAUGAUAGUGAAAAGAUGAAUCCCAGAUCUUCGUUUAACGCAUUUCUUGAAAUAGCUAAAAGCAAAAGUAUACCAUGGGAGACAGUUGAGAUUAAUGCAAUUCAUUCUUUACAGAUUAUAAUGAGAGAUGCUUUUCAAGAUAUUGAAGACAAUGUUCCUAAAUCUGGCUUGAAUUCCAAUUCUGAUGGUGCACACUUGGUUGAAAUUGCUGUAGUGGCGACUGAAAUGGCCCGAUUAAUAGAAACAUCCACUGUUCCAAUUUUUGGAGUAGACUCAUUCGGUUUGAUAAAUGGAUGGAAUGCCAAAAUGUGUGAGUUAACAGGAUUAGAGUUGCUUGAAGCUAUCGGGAAGUCACUAGUUCCCGAUAUUGUCCAUGAUGAUUCAUGUGAAGUUGCCGAGAACCUUUUGGCUGGAGCUCUUAAAGGUAAAGAGGACAAAAAUGUGGAAGUAAAGUUGAGGAAGUUCGGAGAGCAUGUCGCAAACUCAGUUGUAUACCUUGUGGUUAAUACAUGCAUUAGUAGGGACUACAAAAAUAAUAUUGUGGGUGUAUGUUUUGUGAGUCAAGAUGUCACUAUUGAGAAAACCGCGAUAGCUAACUUCAUCCGUAUGCAAGGGGACUACCAAGCUAUAAUACAAAGUGUAAAUAAUGUGAUUCCACCCAUAUUUGCUUCUGAUGAGAAUGCAUGUUGUUCUGAAUGGAAUGCGGUAAUGGAGAAAUUGACUGGUUGGAUGAGGCACGAGAUAAUUGGGAAAACGCUGCCUGGUGAGAUUUUUGGAAGUUUUUGUCGACUGAAAGAUCAAGAUGUGCUGACAAAGUUUAUGAUUCUUCUUUAUCGUGCUAUCAGUGGCCAUGAUGCUGAAAAGCUUGCUUUUGGUUUUUUCAAUCGGGAAGGAAAGUUUGUCGAGGUAUAUUUGACAGCAUACAAGAGAGUAAAUGAGAGUGGAAAGAUAUUUGGGUGUUUGUUCUUAUUGCAGAUAAUGGCGAUAAGUCAAAAAGAGUCCACAAUUCUUAAACAAGACGAAUGUGAAGAGCUUUUGAUAAGUAAAAAAUUGGCUUACAUUAUGCAAGAGGUGAAAAAUCCUCUUAACGGCAUUAGUUUUACCCAUAAACUUCUGGAAAGCUCAACCAUUUCAGAUGAUCAAAAGAAAUUUCUUGAGACUAGCAAUGCUUGUGAAAGACAGAUAUUAUCCAUUAUCGACGAUACUGAUAUUGGAAGUUUUGAAGAAGGCAUGAUUGACCUAAAAGUCAAAGAGUUGAUUUUGGGUGAUGUUGUCGAUGCUAUUGUUAGUCAAGCUAUGAUUUUGCUUAGAGAAAAAGAUUUGCAUCUUAUCCAUGACAUUCCCGAGGAAAUAAAAAGUCUCUGCGUAUGUGGCGAUCAGAUGAAACUUCAGUUGAUCUUGUCUGAUUUCUUGCUUUGUAUUGUGGAGUAUGCGCCUUCUCCAGAUGGUUGGGUGGAAAUAGAGGUAUCACCUGUAUUGAAGUUGAUACAGGAUGGGAAUGAGUUUGUUCAUCUGAAAUUCAGAAUGGCUCACCCUGGGCAAGGUCUGCCUCACCCUCUUAUUGAAGAAAUGUUUGGUGCGAAAAACCAGUGUAUGACACAAGAAGGAAUCACGUUGAACAUUUCCCGAAAGCUUCUCGGCAUGAUGAACGGUAAUGUCCGUUACUUUAGAGAGCAAAACAAGAAUUACUUAGAAAUUGAGCUUGAGCUCCCAUUGAGAGAUCCAAAAUUACAUGGCUUCAGCUGAUGUUUGGUAAAAUGUGCCAUGUUCUUAGAUAAAUAGGGUAUUGAGUUGUAGGAAGGCUUCAUGGGUUGGCCUAGUCUAUGCAAUCACUAUUUAACCAUUUUUCCUAGUUGAAAUACACAUCUCAACUCUCAAAUACAUUAUAUAUAUAUAUAAACAUCUCAUAGACCAUUUGAUA